CCCAUCGGCCUGAUCGUUGAUCGGUUGCGCCUCCUGGUGAACUGCAGUCCCCGGCAACGCGCAGGCUUCCAGCGCCUCGUAACGGGUUUAGUGGUAGCAGCGAUUAUUCCCGGAUUAAAGUGAAACCAGUUACCGCGGGACUGGAGCUGAGUUGUUGUUGUGGAAGUUUGGUGCAAGUUUCCGUCAGACGGAGCGGACAGCUGAAGGACUUUAAAGGCUGUGGACAUGGAGUAGAGCAGCGGAGUGGAGCCAGGCGUUAGGCCUGCGGAGAACUAACAUCAGCUAGCCGAGCUGUCUAGCAUUGUUUGGGUCGCUGUGCUGACUAGCUAGGCGCUAUUUUUGUUAGCAUAACACACAGCAAGCCAGCCAGCACUGCUAGCUUGUUUGGAUGCGGAUAUAUUGGAGGAACCUGCUGAGGUCCACUACUCAUUUCCUGAAGUUACGCUAAGUUUUCCUCUGAGCUAACGUUGGCUCGAACAGAAACGAGCGGGCGACGUUUUGUCGUAACGUACAAAGUCGAGCUUGUUUUGCAGAGGGAUGCUUUAUGUGCGAAAUUAAUCUAUAUUUUAGGAGAAAUUGCAUGUGGAUGACCAGACAUCAGUUAGGAGCAGUCCAUAAAGCACAGUCUCUCUGCCCCUCCGCGGGACGACACUUCCCAGCUAGAGUCCUUCACAGCCCGUCCCAACAACCACAGUCUUCUCUCUUCGGCCGGCUUCAGUGGCUGGCCAGUCGGCACUGAGUGCCCAAUGGAGGAACAUGACAACAUGGACUAUUUUUACCAGCAGGUACUGCAGAAAGACGUUAGCCGCAGACUGCAGGUCGGCCAGGACCUCAUCGACUACCUGAACGAUCCGCAGAGGUCCCCGGACGUGGAGCAGGACAAGCCCCGGCUGGAUAAGACCAUCGAUGAGUUAACAGGAUGGGUGAACUCCAGCAAUUUCAAGGUGGCAUUGUUGGGGAUAGACAUUUGUGGUGCAUUUGUGGAUCGCAUGGGAGAACGGUUCAAAGGAUACCUCGGCACAGUCUUGCCAGCUCUGGUGGACAGACUGGGUGAUGGGAAGGACCAGGUCAGGGAGAACAGCCAAGCGCUCAUCCUUCGCUGCAUGGAGCAGACGGCCUCGCCCAUGUAUGUUUGGGAAAGACUGCUUCCUGGUUUCAAACACAAGAACUUCCGCAGUCGAGAAGGAAUCUGCCUCUGUCUCAGUGCCACGCUCAGCACGUGUGGAGCCCAGCCGCUGAGCCUCAGUAAAAUAGUUCCUCAUCUCUGCUCUCUUACUGGAGACCAAAACCCACAGGUACGUGAAGCUUCCAUAACAACAUUGGUGGAUGUUUAUCGUCAUGUUGGAGAGAGAGUCAGAGCAGACCUGGGAAAGAGAGGACUUCCAGCUGCACGGUUACAGACAAUAUUUGCUCGUUUUGAUGAAGCCUUGAAUUCGGGCAACAUGGCUCUCAGCCCGAGUCACGAUCGUAGUUUUGAAGAUGACGACAGUGUGGAUGGAAAUCGCUCUUCCUCAGCCCAGGCUGCCUUCAAGGUUCCCAAAGUUCCCAAGAAGCCUGCUGACUCCUCUGCUACACGCAGGCCCAGCGCUACUGGAGGCAAGCUAGUGUCGAAGGAAAGUGCCGGGGCAGUUGAUGAAGAGGAUUUCAUUAAAGCCUUUACAGAUGUCCCUACUGUCCAGAUCUACUCAACAAGGGACCUUGAGGACAACCUGAAUAAGAUCCGUGAGGUCUGCUCCGAUGACAAGCACGACUGGGACCAGAGAGCCAACGCUCUGAAGAAAAUCCGCUCGCUGUUGGUGGCAGGCGCAGCGACCUACGACUGUUUUUACCAGCACCUAAGGCUACUAGAUGGAGCCUUCAAACUGUCAGCUAAAGACCUGCGCUCACAAGUGGUCAGAGAGGCCUGUAUCACUGUGGCCCACCUGUCGUCAGUACUGGGGAAUAAAUUUGACCACGGGGCGGAGGCCAUCGUUCCCGUCCUGUUCAACCUCAUCCCAAACUGUGCCAAAGUCAUGGCCACCUCUGGUGUCUCGGCUAUUCGCAUCAUAAUACGGCACACCCAUGUUCCCCGGCUCAUCCCCCUCAUAACCAGCAACUGCACGUCCAAGUCUGUGGCUGUAAGAAGGCGCUGUUAUGAUUUUUUGGACCUUCUGCUACAGGAAUGGCAAACCCACUCUCUAGAAAGGCACACAGCAGUUCUGGUGGAGAGCAUCAAAAAGGGAAUUCGAGAUGCCGACUCAGAAGCCAGAGUGGAGGCCCGCAAAGCCUACUGGGGUCUGAGGAACCACUUUCCAGGAGAAGCCGACGCUCUCUACAACUCCUUAGAGUCAUCGUACCAGAGGACUCUUCAGUCCUGCCUGAGGAGCUCUGGCAGCGUGGCCUCCCUUCCCCAGAGUGACCGCUCCUCAUCUUCCUCUCAAGAGAGCCUCAAUCGGCCUCUGUCUUCGAAAUGGUCAGCAGCUCCAGGGCGAGUCCCUGCGGGUUCAAAGGGUGGGGUGUCGUCGGCCUCCCUGCAGCGUUCCCGUAGCGACGUGGAUGUAAACGCAGCAGCGGUUGCUAAGAGCCGGCACGUCGGAACAGCCGGGAGAGCGGGCCGUCUGCCCCCCGGCUCCUACUCCUCACUGGAUGAUGCCUCUGAUAAAACGGAUGGGACCAGAUCAGACAAUGGCCGCGUACGCACCAAGCAGCCCUUGUCUACUGCCAGCAGCGUUUCCAGCCAAGUGGACUCACGAGGACGCAGCCGCACCAAGAUGGUCUCCCAGUCGCAACGUUCCGACGAAUCCGAUUGCACACCAGGAUCUCAGUCUGCUACCCCUGUUGGUGCCGGCAGUCGGAGCGGCUCGCCGGGUCGCGUGCUGACGACUACAGCCCUGAGCACCAUGAGCACUGGAGCCCACAGGGUGCUGGCCGGAGCCGCUGGGGAUGGACACAGACGCAGCCGCAUCCCCCGCAGCCAGGGCUGCUCCAGAGACUCUUCCCCCACCCGUCUGUCUGUUGCUCCUUCUAGCAUUAGUUCCAUCUACAACGGCGCAAGCAGAGGAGCUCGGGGCAGUCGUAUCCCUCGGCCCAGUAUGAGUCAGGGCUGCAGCAGAGAGGCCAGCAGGGAGAGCAGCCGGGACACCAGCCCCGUACGCUCCUUCACGCCGCUCGCAACACGGAGCUACUCUCGCUCCACCGGAGCUCUCCACACACCUGACGCUUUUGGGGCUGCAGGCUCAGGUUUUGGCAUCAGUCAGUCCAGUCGUCUUUCUUCUUCAGUCAGUGCCAUGAGGGUCCUCAACACUGGCUCGGAUGUGGAAGAGGCUCUCGCGGAUGCGCUGCUGUUGGGAGACAUGAGAUCUAAGAAGAAGCCAGCCCGGCGGCGGUAUGAGAACUACGGCAUGUAUUCUGAUGAUGACGCUAACAGCGACGCGUCCAGUGCCUGUUCAGAGAGGUCCUACAGCUCCAGGAAUGGGGGAGCAAUUCCCACCUACAUGAGACAAACAGAAGAUGUAGCUGAGGUGCUCAACCGCUGUGCCAGCGCCAACUGGUCUGAGAGAAAGGAAGGGCUAUUGGGCCUACAAGCUCUGCUCAAGAACCAGCGCACCCUCAGUCGGGUCGAGUUGAAGAGACUGUGUGAAAUCUUCACCAGGAUGUUUGCAGACCCUCACAGUAAGGUGUUCAGCAUGUUCCUGGAGACGCUGGUAGAUUUCAUCCAGGUCCAUAAGGACGACCUGCAGGACUGGUUGUUUGUCCUGCUCACACAGCUGCUGAAGAAGAUGGGAGCGGAUCUGCUGGGCUCCGUACAGGCCAAAGUUCAGAGAGCCCUGGAUGUCACAAGAGAAUCUUUCCCCAACGAUCUCCAGUUCACGAUCCUCAUGAGGUUCACUGUGGACCAGACACAGACGCCCAACCUCAAGGUGAAGGUGGCUAUUCUAAAGUACAUAGAGACGCUGACGUUACAGAUGGAACCCCCAGACUUCGUGAACUCCAGUGAGACUCGGCUGGCUGUCUCUCGCAUUAUCACCUGGACGACCGAACCCAAGAGCUCUGAUGUCAGAAAGGCCGCCCAGUCGGUGUUAAUCGCCCUGUUCCAGCUCAACACUCCAGAGUUCACCAUGCUGCUGGCAGCUCUGCCCAAAACCUUCCAGGAUGGAGCCACCAAGCUGCUCCAAAACCACCUGAAGAACACUGGCAACGCCGCACAGGCACCAAUGGGCAGCCCUUUGACCCGCCAUACUCCCAGAUCUCCAGCCAGCUGGUCCAGUCCAGUCACUUCCCCCACUAACACUUCCCAGAACACCCCCUCACCAAGUGCAUUUGACUAUGACACAGAAAACAUGAACUCGGAGGACAUUUACAGCUCACUGAAAGGUGUCACUGAGGCCAUCCAGAACUUCAGCGUUCGCAGCCAAGAAGACAUGAAUGAACCAGUCCAACGACGAGAAGGAGAAGAGGGGGGCAGUGGGACAGACGGCAGAGGUUCAGACUUGGUGGAUGGUGGCCGCAUGGCUCUGGACAACAAAACUUCCCUCCUCAACACCCCCCUACUCUCGUCCAGUCCUCGAGGGGCCCGCGAACACUUCUCCGACUCCCCCUUCAAACAUAGCCGCAAAGACACCAGCCUGGACGACUCCGAGCAACUUGCUGACGACAGCAGCCUGGACCAAUCAGAGCUGGUGGCCGAGCUGCUGAAGGAGUUAUCCAAUCACAACGAGCGCAUCGAGGAGAGGAAGGCAGCGCUGUGUGAGCUGCUGAAGCUAAUUCGUGAAAACACCCUGCAGGUGUGGGAUGAGCACUUCAAGACCAUCCUGCUGCUCCUGCUGGAGACGAUGGGUGACAGAGAGCAUGUGAUCCGAACGCUGGCUCUGCGGGUGCUGAGGGAGAUUCUCAGCAAGCAGCCCUGGAGGUUCAAGAACUACGCAGAGCUCACCAUCAUGAAGGCCCUGGAGUCUCACAAAGACCCUCACAAGGAGGUGGUACGAGCAGCAGAGGAGACAGCAGCCAUGUUGGCGUUGUCCAUCAGCCCAGACCAGUGCAUCAAGGUGCUGUGUCCCAUUAUCCAGUCAGCUGAUUACCCCAUCAACCUGGCUGCUAUCAAGAUGCAGACCAAAGUGGUAGAGAGGGUUCCCCGUGAAGGCCUGAUCAGCAUGCUGCCUGAGAUCGUGCCGGGACUCAUACAGGGUUACGACAACUCUGAGAGCAGUGUGAGGAAAGCCUGUGUGUUCUGCCUGGUGGCCAUCUACGCAGUGAUCGGAGAGGACCUCAAACCGCACCUCAGCCAACUCUCCAGCAGCAAGCUGAAGCUGUUGAAUUUGUACAUCAAACGCGCCCAGUCCGGCUCCACCGGCAGCGAACCCUCGUCUGAGGGCCUAUAGGAGACACGGCGCCGUCCCACAGGGCAUCCACAGAGCUGCAGCUACACUCUCCAAACAUAAAAACAUCUGUUCAUGAGAUCACACCCACACAGACCGACAACAAAACACAGAUCAAAUCACUCACAGGAGCAAACUGCUUCCAUCCGCAGCAGACGCAGCGUAUACACACACAUACGUAGGUACACAGAGUUCCCAUACGUUUCCUUCCUCACUGUCAAAUGGGAGUGAUGACAGAGGAGAGGAGUGUUGUAGUUCUUCCCCUGAUUCCUGACUGAACUGAACCCUUACAUUUGGAUUAAACAUAAACAGACUUGCAGUCACACGCUCCUCCCAGGUUUGUCACUAAUCACCCGACGAUGAAGAUAUGAGAUGUCCGUCCUGUCCACUCUGCUUUCUAUCCAGAACACAACAGUGUCCCCUCUGAACAACAUUGUGAUGUCAACAGCAAGCGGAGCAUCUGCAUGGUUCUCAUUUCUCUGUAGAGGGGGUAAUAUUCUUCAAGCAGCACUGCGAUGAACAAAUGGUGCUGUCUCUGUUUGCUUCUAGAACAGUGAGUAACUGGGGCCAGCUAGAUGGGAAUGUAAAUUUACAUUGUGUCAUAGUUUGGAUUUACUUUACGCAAUGAGGUUUUACUGCAGUGGUUUUUAAUAUCUGGAGUUUUCUCUCUUACUUGCACAUCAACACACGUUCUCUCUUUCAAAAAGGUGCUGAUGAGCCUAAAGAAAGGUACGACCGACCAACCAACCCUGCGCAGCACUAACCAAGCCACAGCGGGUCACGCCUGCUCAUAGCAAAUACAGUACAUAGACAGGUUCCAAAUACAGGAGGUGUUAUGUGCUUGGCUAUGCAUGAGACUAAACUUAAAAAAUAACUUUUUAUUGGGGUCCUAUUGACAGUCAUAAUAACUUGACUGAGGGUUUUAAAUUAAUGUGAACAACAUCCACCCCUUUCACAUAAAUCCAUGAUGUCCUCCAUUUGUCCCAGCUCAUCUUGGAUCACUUCUGGGCUACAUGGGGAGGAAAAUGGGUGCGUGCUGCUUACUACAUGAAGUAUGACCAGACAUGGCUUAUUAUCACAUAGUGGAUAUGUAUCUAUAUAUGAUAUUAAAAUGGAAUAUCCAAUAACAGUGUCAUUUAGGAGAGUCCCCCCGGGGAGUGCACGCGCGCACCUGUGCCCAUCUUUGUUUUUUUCUCUUUUUCUGUUGCGCGUGCCGUAGUCUCUUUCUCUCUCUCUCUCUCUCUCUCUCUCUCUCUCUCUCUCUCUCUCUCUCUCUCUCUCUCUCUCUCUCUCUCUCACACUUAUUAUUUUUCUCUGCUGAGAAAUUUGUAGAAAUGUAUUAUUUACUGCUCUGGAAAAAAAACAAUUGUCAUGUCUCACUUUUCUCCUCUUCAUCGUGUCUUUCUUUCCUUCCUCUUCUUGUAACAUUCUAGUUUUCACUGUUGUGUUUCCUCAGUGCAUUUACAAAGCUGUGCUUACAAUAAAAUAAAGAACUUGUACAGAUCAUGAUAAAGAAA